AUGCUGGAUCAGAAGGCGUCUCACGCACAGAUUGCAGACCGCUUCAAGUGCUCGCUUCGGUUUAUGGGGACCGUGAAGACUGGCCGGGAGAAGAAGGUGGAGACAGCAAUUGCUGCAGGCUGCGGCAGCCAGAAAACUGCACGCAAAGGAGAUUUUCCGGAGGUGGAUGAGAUAGCUCUUGAUCUACUCGAAAAAGCCCGAAAGGCCAUAAUGCCCGUCACACGCGAUGUCCUUCGAAGCUUCGGCCGUUCUGCCAGGGCAACCCUGCUGGCUGACACCGCAACUUCUGCAGCAGUGAGGGAGGGGGUGGAGGACUUCAAGGCCGGCGAGAGGUGGGCGAAGAACUUCGUGAAGCGCAACAAGAUCCAGAGCGUGAGACUUCAUGGCGAGACUGGUAGCGUCGACAAGGAGGCCAUCAAGAAGGGCAUGGAGGAAAUCAGGGCCCUUUACGAGAAGUACCCGGCUGGGCGCACGUACCUUUCCACCUCGGAGGAUCGGAAGACGGCGCGGGGCUCAAAGAGCAUGCACUUCAAGGACCGACUGUCUGCCAUCAUGUGCUGCAAUGCCGACGGCACUGCGAAGGUUGACAUGGCCAUCAUCGGGAGGGCAAAGGAACCCCGCUGCUUCAAGAAAGGGGGUUCACCUCUGAAGUACUUCUCGCAGACCAACGCGUGGUCCUACUCCGCGACGUUGCUCAAGUGGUGGCUGGAAGUCUUCCUCCCGUUCGUUCGGCGCUUCACUCACGAACCUGUGCUGCUGCUGAUGGACGGCUGUUCGUCUCACAGUGAUCUAGUGGAUGAUCGCGAGCGAGUUACCGUCAAGACCUACCCUCCGCUGUGCACCGCCGUACACCAACCCAUGGGUUUUGCGGUCAUCGCCAAGACGAAGGUCAACUACAGGAAGGAGGCCCAUGUGAAGACAUCGACCAUGUUGGUGGCUGACACACUUCGCGCCCAGACCAAAGCCCGCAAGAUGAAGGCCGGGACAAUGGGGCUAGCGCAAGGCCACCAACCUCACGUGCGGGACGCCGCUGAACUUCUUUCGAAAGCAUGGGCCAGCGUCACCGCCCAAGACAUCGCCAGGUGCUUUGUCAAAGCCGAGACGCUUCCGGAGGAGAUGGGGGCUGAGCUCACCAAGCAACACGGAAAGACCCGGUUCAACGUUGCCGAGCCUGACCUANUUGUUUGUCACUGGGUUCGUCUAACAUCGCUUCUCCACCCAAACACGGAUACAUCAAAAUUUCUGCGCUACCUGGCCAGGUGCUUUGUCAAAGCCGAGACGCUUCCGGAGGAGAUGGGGGCUGAGCUCACCAAGCAACACGGAAAGACCCGGUUCAACGUUGCCGAGCCUGACCUAAAGGCUCUCGCAGAGACUGUCAACACGUUGAGCACGAGCGUGCAGGACGCGCAGAAGCAGGGAUCCCGCGUCGUGAACGAGGAGAUCAGCGAACUGUUGGCAAAACUCAACAUCGAACCCGGAAAGCCGGUCGCGGGGGAGGCGGUGGCCGCGAUUCAGGGGCGGGCUACCAUCGAGGAUGACGAGGAGGUGGUAGAGGCUCUUCGAUUGGACGCGGUGGAAGACAUGAAAGCACUGCUGGCUGGAACGAACUUGUCUACCGGCGGCGACGACGAGGAGGACGAACAGGACCUGGGCCGCGGCGGUGAGAACACGGGGCGCGAGCGCCGUGCCCCACGUGCGCCACCGGGUUAUGAAUAA